AUGGCGUGCCCCGUGAGUGGCGUGACGUGCACCGGCCGGCCCCGCGCGCGUAGACCUCAGGUCAACGCGUGCCGCUCCCGGUCUUUACUUAAGAAUGAGAUGCGUAGUGCUGAUCGACCAAUAUAUGUGCUUCUAGUUCCUUUGGCGGCCGUUGAGGAGAGGCGCCGGCUGGCUGGCUCCUUGAGUUGGAGCAAAUCUGAAUCGGCCGGAUUACGACUCCCUCCAUCGACGACCAAGAAGAUGAGUUUCGGAGUCGAUGCUUCGCAGGACCUGCAACUGCCUGCUAGGGUGCAAGGCGACGGCCACGACACCGGAGUGGUCAUCAGGCAGAGCGUGGAGGCCGUGCCUGUCCGGCAGGGGUGGCAGACCGGCCUGUUCGACUGCGAAGACGACGGCUGCGACGCAUUUUGCUGCAGCGUGUGGUUCCCCUGCGCGGCGUUCGCCUGCGUCGCCGACAUCGUGGACCAGGGCUCGGACGGCCGGUGCGUGCACUUCACCUGCUACCUCGGCGCGGCCUACUUCGGGCUGUGGUGGGUGUACACGGGGUGGUACCGGCGCAAGCUGCGGGAGCAGUACGGCCUGCCGGAGACGCCGCUGCCGGACUGCCUCACCCACCUGCUCUGCCACUGGUGCGCCCUCGCUCAGGAGUACCGGGAGCUCGCCAGACGGGGAUUCAACGUCGACCAGGGCUGGGAGGGUCGGCCGCGGCCGGCGACUGCACCGGCGGCGACCACCGUGCCCCGGGUGCAGGUGCCGAUGACCAGGCUAUGAGCGACCGAUCAAGCGCAACGUGGGACCGUCGAACGAACCAGCUCGGUCAUGCUUAGUGAAGUAGCCCACUACCUUAAAUCCUUAAUAACCCAGCGUGGCCGUGCGCGUGUGUGCAUGCAUGGCCAUAGCUUUUGGUUUGCUCUGGCCGGCAUCUUUGCUACUGCCAUGUACUGUGUGGUGUGGCGAUUGUACUUGGCCUGCAGGGCUGUAAUGCCAUUGUCACUUAAUUAUGUGCGGUUAUUAGUGUACUCGUAAUGAGAAUGCAGUUUCCCUGUUC